GACUUCACGAUUCCUUACACGUACGCCUCCUAUUCCAUCAGCAUGAGGAUGCCAGGACUCGCUCCCAAGUGGCAGAGUCUGUACUACCCUCUGGCAGGCGUCGUGUGGGUGUCCAUCGUGGCGACGACGGUGCUGGUGGUGGUGGUCAUUUUGAUGAUGAACCGAGUGGGCGACUCGAUAAGCCCCGGCAAGUCCUUAGACCCGGGCACAACCGUGAUCGAGGUGGUGGGCAUCCUGAUCGGCGAAAACCUGUACAAGACGCUGCCCUCGCAGAACUCCCGACGGGUGCUCCUGGCGACGUGGCUGGUCUUCGCCUUCGUCUUGGGCUCGGCUUACACAGGCAACCUCACCGCCGCCCUCACGCUGCCCAAGUACCCGCCACGGCCAGAGACUCUCAGGGAGCUUGUACGAAGUGUUGAUAAAGUGACGAUGGAGCCUUGGGGAAGGGACUACAAGGCAUACUUCAAGGACUCCGGAUCCGACGUGUUCGCGAAGCUGGCUGAGCUGAUGGAGCUCGGGCCGGCGCUGCUCUUCGGACUACAGCAGGCAACGCAGAAGAGGACGGCGCACAUGGACUCCCGAGCCGUCCUGCUGCUCAACAUCGCCGAGAGCUUCACCAAGGCGGACGGGACGACGCCGCUGUACGUGGUGCGGGAGAGCGCGAUCCCGGGCAUGUCGGCGUGGCCCAUUCCGCACGACGCGCCCUUCAAGAAGAACCUCGAUCGCUGCAUUAGGGCGUCUCUGGAGGCCGGCCUCUACGGGAAGUGGGAAAGCGACAUGCUGGAGAUGGCGCGGCGCGAGAGUCGCCAGCGGCAGCGCCGGCAGCAGAGGGAGCGGCCGCAGGACGAGGAGGAGGAGGCCGAGGGAUCCGACGGCGGCAUCCAGGCGCUCACCCUCGUGCACAUGCAAGGGCCUCUCAUGCUCCUGCUCCUGGGGCUGCUGCUAGGGGCGCUCGCCUUCCUGCUGGAGGUGGUGGUGUUCAGAAAUGGCAACGAGAAGAGCCUCACGCGCUGCUGCGUCGACUGAUUGUGGCCUCGCGUCGAAGACUAACUUGAGAAAUAAUCAUCAUGGAUAAACGCACUUGAUGGCACUAUAAGUUCAAGGAAUUUAUGUAUCUCAUUUGCGCACAAAGUAAUUCAAAGCCAAGUUCAAAAGACAGAUGAUUCCGUAGAUUGUAAUUGGAGACGGAGCUAUGUCUUAGAUCUAUAUAAUUUACUUAUUAUUUGAAGCAUUUUACUUGAAAGAACACAUAUAACCCAUACUCAGUUUGAGUUUUAAAUGUUGCCUUUACAACACACAAAAAUACUACUAACGCUUCAUGUAUUAACAAACAAACACAC